GGUAAGAUGGCGGAUGAUCGGAAGCGGGCGGAUAAUGCCAAACAUCGGCGGGGGGAGCAGCUGAAACGAUGGCUGGGCUCCGAGACCGACCUCGAGCCGCCCGUCUUCAAGAAGAAGAAGACCCGAGUCAAGUUCGACGAUGGUGCCGUGUUCCUGGCCGCCUGCUCGAGCGGUGAUACUGAGGAGGUGAAGCGGCUGCUGGACCGCGGGGCUGAUAUCAACUAUGCGAAUGUGGAUGGGUUGACGGCGCUGCACCAGGCUUGUAUUGAUGAAAACCUUGAAAUGGUGAAGUUUCUCGUGGAGCAUAGUGCAGAUACUAAUCAGCCAGAUAAUGAGGGCUGGACCCCACUGCAUGCUGUGGCAUCCUGUGGAUAUAUCAAUAUAGCUGAAUACCGAAUAUAUUUGAGACGUAGCUUGGUUCACUUAUGCUUUGUUUCUGGCAUAGGAAUUGAUGUUGAGGCUGCAAGGAAAGAGGAGGAACACCGAAUGCUUCAGGAUGCCCGACAGUGGCUGAACAGUGGCAGAAUCGAAGAUGUAAUAAACACCAAAUCAGGUGGCACAGCUCUCCAUGUGGCUGCUGCGAAAGGCUACUUGGAGGUUUUAAAGCUGCUGAUACAGGCUGGAUAUGAUGUAAAUGUCAAGGACAAUGAUGGGUGGACCCCACUGCAUGCUGCUGCCCAUUGGUGCAAAGAAGAAGCCUGUAGAAUCCUUGUGGAGAAUUUUUCUGAUAUGGAGGCUGUAAAUAAAGUGGGUCAGACUCCUUUUGAUUUAGCAGAUGAAAGUAUUAUUGAGCUUUUAGAGGAACUCCAGAAGAAACAGAAUAUUCUUCGUACUGAGAAACGAGCCGUGAGAUCAACACUCAUUGAAUCAACUGUAAAUUGCAAAGUCCAGACCAAGCACUUGAGUAAAGACACUAUCUUUUCUGAAGAAAAAGAAACAAAGUGUAAAUUGUCUGAGCGAGAAAAACUCAAUGAAGAAAGGAAGAAAGAUGAAUCCAGUAGUUCCAGUUCUGAAGAGGAGGAUGAUGCCUCUGAUUCCGAGUCGGACGUAGAUACAGAGAAGUCAAAGCCAUCCAUCAAAAAUAAUAUAAAUAGCAAACUGAACAGCAGAAGCUUGCAGCUAGCUCCAACCACAGGGCAGUCCACUCGAUUCACAGCUACCACUACAACAAGAAAGAUUGUUAGCCCUUUUCUCAAAUCUCCUGCCAAGGAUGAAGAAGGUAAAGAUGAGUCUCCAGCUUCUUGGAGAUUGGGGUUAAGGAAGACUGGAAGCCAUGAUGCGCUGAGUGAAAUUAGUAGUUCCCAAGCACUGAAAGAGAAGGACUCCCUUGGGAUUAUCCGAUCUGCUUCAAGUCCACGUCUUUCAACCAUAUUUGAUAACCGGGAAAAGGAUAAAGAUAAUAAAACUAGGCUUGUGUAUGUUGCACCAACAAUUCCUAACAGAAGACUACACAGCACAUCUGACAUUGAGGAAAAGGAAAAUAGGGAAUCAGCAGCUAGCCUUGUACGAAGUGGUUCGUAUACAAGACGACAGUGGAAGGAUGACUUCAGAGAUACGAAUCAUGUGGGAAAUGAAAGCAGCAUGUCUGUAAAUGCAUCGACCAUGAACACAGUGCCUUUGUAUCAGCGAAGGUCCUAUCUCACUCCUGUUCGAGAUGAAGAAGCAGAAUCACAGCGAAAAGCUCGAUCCAGGCAGGCCAGACAAACCAGGAGAUCAACACAGGGUGUAACACUAACAGACCUGCAGGAAGCUGAAAAGACAUUCAGUCGAUCUCGAGCUGAGAGACGAGCUCGGGAACAACAGGAGAAGGACGAGAAGGAGAAGCAAGAUGUGGAGAAGCAAGAUGAGAAAGAAAAGCCUUUAACAACACAAGAUACAGAAGAGUACAAGCAUAUAUCAAGUAGAAACCAAGAGGAAGAAUCUGGGGAUUGGCAAUCACGAUAUACGUCACAGCCAGAUAGCCCACUUGGACCUCUCGCAUCGCCUUCCACAUCAGGCAGCUUCCAGUAUUCAGGAAUCCAACCAAACAGAGUGAAUGGAGUUAUAGAUCAAACAUCUUACAGCUCACACUCAAAGAUUUUUACCAAGGAAAUGGAGAACAAUGGUGCCUCUGGAAAAGCAGUUGAAGGUGACAAAGAUGUUAAUGAUAGGCAACUGUCAAUAAGAGAAAGACGAAGGCCGAGGGAGAAGAGACGGUCUACUGGAGUAUCAUACUGGACUCAAGAUGGUGAUGAAAAUGAUGGAAAAGAAGAGGAGAAAGGCAUCUGGGUAAGCUUGAGGUUGGAGAUGUUUCUCCUAAUAUUCUUAACUUAUACCUUUUUCUUACAGGUUUUAACAGAGCUGAAAUCAGACAACCAAAGGCUGAAAGACGAGAAUGGAGCACUAAUCCGAGUAAUUAGUAAACUGUCAAAAUGAAGGCGGUCUUUCUGAGCAACAGGCAAAGGAAGUAAAAUCAGCUGAAAGAGCCUGCUUGCUCUGUGAAAGAACCGUCAAAGUAAAGGAGUAGUUUCCUCGGAAAUGGGAGAGCUUCUAUUUAUAUCUUAUCUGUUCAUGGCUUUCUCCCUGCAUAUGUUGUCUAUGAAUUUUCCUCAAAUUAUGGCCUUAUUCAACAAUAAGGUCAUUAUUCACGUGUUCGAACAGCCUUGUUUACAGGAAAUGUUAGGGUGAAAGUACUGAAUUCUUUUUAAAAAUCCCAGGUGUCUUUGUUGAGGGGAUGCUUGUAGCUUUUCACAAUUGAGCUACAAUUUGAAGGCUUUGAAGAAUGGCUUUAAGAAAUGCCUUCCACUAUGACAUCUGCUCAGUCAUGUUAAUGGUGCACUUCAUUUUGGUUGUGUGUUUGAAAGGAUCCAUCUUUGAUUAUGCAGUAUUCGCUUCUUUGCACAGUAAUUAAAAUCACUGCACAACAUGGCUUAUUUCUUUUUAAAAAUAAAAACCAUCAGCUAGACUGUAUGGUACAGAAAGUAUUAAUUAAAGUGCAAUAUGCUGUUUUAUUAUUUUAAUGUGAUACUCAUUAAAUUCACUGCCUUUAUUUCACUUUAUUUCUGUCUUCAUUAUUAACAGUGAAGUUUGAUUUCUUUUUGCAAUUUUUGUGACUUGGUUUAUUGACCAAGCUUUAAUAUAGUCUGAAAACUUUAGUUGUGUCUCUGUAUCUGUGUGAUUUUGUUAUCUCUCUGUCAGCAGUUGCCGCCUACAUCUUGCAUAUAAGCACUAAGUUCAAAACAAAAAGCUGAUUCAGAUUAGACUUGUGUAUCAAGGCUGGUUCAAACAUGUAUUUUAAUAUACAGUUGCUGGUUUUGCAUUUUGCUCUUGAGACAAACUUUUUUUUGCUUCACCUAUUUUAAACAAAACUAGUUUUGAGUCAUGUGUGUUCUUUUUUUCAUGUGAUCUUGACUUAUUUCACCAAUAAGGGGCAUUACAACUUUAAUGUAGACUCAAAGACGUCUUUUCUAUCUUGAUGUUUUCAAUGCAUGACAAAUAAUAUACUAUAUCCUUGUAUACCACUACUACAGGAAUUUAAAACAAAAUAGUACUUUUCUGUAGCGAGCACUCCCCAUUAAUACAAGAAAGUUCAGGGAAGGGAUCCAUCCAAAGAUGCAUUGUAUAGUCCUUAAUAAUCUAAUGGAAUUCACAGACAAAUGUAGUAAUUUGAAUUGUGUAUUCCAUAGUUAAAAUGUCUCUAUAGACAAUUAUAAUAUGGUACUGAAAUCAAAGUGUGUAUAUUUAUAUAGUGUGUAUGUAUAUAUAAUAUAUUUAUAUAUAAAUGUGAGUGAGAGUGUGUGUGUAUAUUUUCAGUGGUACAAAAAAGGCCAUUGGUUUUGCGUUUUUGUUUACCUUAGUGAAGCCUGCAGCUUACUGAAAAUGCGUUGGCUGUUUUUUAUUAUAAGAAAUAAUUCUGUGCAAAUUCAGGCUUGCAGUAGUAUUGCUGCUGGAUAAAAAAAACAAAGGAAUUGAUUAUUGAGUCCUUUAUACAGUAUGAAGAUUAUGUAUAAAUGAAAUCUCCAUAGGAGAGUUCAGACUGCUGGGAAUUUACAUUAUGCAACUGUUGGUGGCCUUCUUAAAAAUUAUGAAUAUGCUAUUAGACAUAAUUUAGUGUUAUAAUUUGAACAUUUUCAUACCAUGCCGGGAAAUGUACAUGUGGGAAAUGUACACUUUAUUUAAAGCUUGUAAACAUAUCUGUAUUUUUGGUUAUGUAGACCACUAAAUUCAGGUUUGAAAUAGCGUAGUACUGCUAUUGUAUGUAAAUGAAAAGGACUAAACAAGUUGUCACCUUUGCAAAUGCUUCUACUAAAUGUGAGUCUUUACUGCUCUGAAUUCGGUAUAUUAACUUCUUGUGGCGCUUUUGGUUCCAGUGUUUGAGGAGCUCUACUUCAGGUGGGUGCAGGCUCUUGUGUGUCAUGAAGGAGUUUGGUGCAGAUAUGAGGUCAUAACUCUUUGGAAUUGCCAUUUAAAUUUAUAGUUGUCUAAAGAAAAAUAAUCUUUAGGACUCAAGAAUGUACUAAGACUUGCAUUGGUCCAGUUAAAUGUACUUGAGAAUUAAUUGUACCACCAAGUGUAUUAGCAGUGAAUUCACCUUCUGGUAACAUAUUUUCAGGUCAAGGUUAAUGCAGUUUGUAAAAUGGUAAUAUCAGACAUUUUAACAAUAAAACAAGCUUAUAUUUAAGUAAUAAAAAUAUUUUUAUCAUUUACAAGUGACAAUAUGCAAUUCACAAUUUGACUUGCUGUUACAAGUAAAAUGACUGAUGCAAUUUGAAUUAAAGGGAAGUGCAUGUAGUCAGAUCAGAUGUAGGGGGUAUGUGGCAUUUCAACAUGAGCUGGAGAAUGGGUUUGCUGGAGCAGACUGGUUGAUAAUGGAUGGGUUGAUGUGUGGCUGGCUGACUAAAAGGUUCAAUUAAUCAGAUUGAGGGGGACAAAACUAAAAUUAAGUAUCAGUAUAAGGCCCUUAUAGCAGUUAGGUUAGGGUAUUUGUGGAGGAAAUGCACAUAUAAAAUAUUUCUUUUAAAAGGCCUUUUAUUUUCUCAUCUUUUCUUGGUAGUUGUUAAUACACUGCAAACUAUUCUGGGGUUACUGCUAAUGACAUGUAGCGUGACUGCUGGGAUGUACUGAAACUACUUGAAUAACUCCCAGUGAUUUCUAUCCCUCUAUCAAUUAUUCAAUUUUCAUGUAGUUUCUCCAUAAGCUGUGCAAAAAGAAUCUGUAACAAUGAUUCUCUGUAAAUGUUUAAUUAAAAAUAAUGAUGUUUCAGUAAAAGGCAGUGUAUUUAGCUAAUUACAUCCAUUUUGCCUCUUGUGAACUAUUUAAAAUUAAUUCACAGGAUGUACAUAUCACUGGCUAGGCCAGCAUUUAUUGUCUGUCUGCAAUUGCCCUUGAGAAGCUGUUCUAGAUUUUGAGCCACUAUCAAUGAAACAGCAGUGAUGUAGUUGGUGUGGGUUGGAGGGGAACUUGCAACUGGUGAUGUUUCCAUAUUCUGGCAGCGCUUGACCUUUUAGGUGAUAGAGGUCAUGGGUUUGGAAAGGGCUGUACAACAGAGUCUUCAAGAGUUGUUAAAGUGCAUUUUGUGAGUGAUACACAUUUCUGCCAUUGGUUUGGUACUGUGGGAGAAUAAAUGUUGCAGCUAUUGGAUAGAGUGCCAGUGCUGCUUCAUAGAUGAGUGGCACUGGAGAUCAGGCAAGUGGAAUAGACACCGUCCGACUUGUGCGUUUUAGAUGGUAAACAGGCAUUAGAGAAUUGGAUGGUGGGUUGCUCAGCAGAGUUCCUAGCCCCUCUCCUGCUCUUGUUGCCAUGAUAUUUAUAUGACCGUUCACCUUCUCGGCCCAAAUCUGAAUGUUGUCUUAGUCUUGCUACAUAUGUACGCUGCUUCAAUAUCUGAGGAGUCACAAAUAAUUCUGAACAUUGUGCAACCAUCAGCAAACAUCCCAUCUUUGACAUAAUGAAAAGAAAGUCCUUGAAGCAGCUGAUGAUGGCUGGGCCAAAGACACUACUGUAAGGAACUCUUGCAGUAUUGUCCUUGGACUAAGGCGCUUAACCUCCAACAUCACAACAAUAUGCCAUUGAGUUAGGAAUGACUCCAACCCAUGCAGAAUUUUCCCCUGAUUCCUAUUGAUUCCAGUUUUGUAAGGGCUCCUUGAUGCUGUAUUUGCCCAAAUUCUGCCUUGGAUGUUGGGUAGUAACCCUUUCUUCCUCUGUUGUGUUCAGUUCUCUUUUGUCCAUAGUUGGACCAAGGUUGCAUGAGUUCAGGAGCUGAGUGGGCCCAGUGCAACCCAAGCUGAGCGUCAGUUAGCAGGUUCUGUUGAGUGAAUGCCAUUUGCUUUCAGUGUCCACAUCCAUAAAUUUGGUGAUCAAGAUUAACUUGGUAGAAUGAUAAUUGGUUUAGAUUUGUUGUGCUUUUUGUGCACAGGACAUACCUGGGCAGUUCUCCACAUUCCUAGGUGAAUGCCAAUGUUGUGACUGUAUUGAAUUAUCUUAGCAAGUUGCAUAGCUAAUUUUGGACACAAGGUUUCAGUACUAUUAGCAGAAUGUUUUCAGAGCCUAUAGCCUUCACAGAAUCCACUGCCUUCAGUCAUUUCUUGAUAUCCUGAUGCACACAUACGCGCACACACACACUGCAUUGCACCCAGCUUGGUAAGAAAAGAUUAGUUGCCUAUUUAUAUUAAUGUGUAUAUAUCUAUACUUAUCUGUCACAAGGCAUUAAGUUUGAACACAAAUAAAAACAAGUUUUGGCCUCUGGCAACUGACAGUAUAAAUGACAUGUAAAUAAAUGUUUGAGAGCAGAUGUGUGGAUGACUGGCUUGAUGGCCAGGACAUAUACAGCCAGAAUAUGGCUUCAAAUUGUAAUUUCCACACUUUGUGGAUUCCAAGAUGUUCGGGUUUGGAUCUGCAAGAUUCUAAAUAACAUUCAUGUUGGUGCAGUUUCCAGUAGAUCAGCAUUGAAUCUUAGUGAAAAUAUUAAUAAAUGGAGCUAUGAAUGCCUUUUAGGAGAGCCUCAUUCUAAGGCUCUGUCAAAAAUGUCACCACUAAUAAUAGUAAUAUUGCAUUUUAGAUAGUUGCAGUAGUUAAGAUUUCUAAUAUCUGUCAUAGGGUGCCAGGCAUCAUUAUUCAUCCCUAAUUGCCCUUGAAAAUGUUCUUUACAGCUACCUCCUUGAGCGGCUUACUUGCCGGCUUAAGAUUCAGUCACAUUGCUCAGCAGGUCCAGCAGCAUUUAUGAAGAAAAAAAUCAGAGUUAACGUUUCAGGUCCGGUGACCCUUCCUCAGAACAUUACUGUAGGCCUGGAGUCGCUUAUAAGACCAUCAUUAGCCAGCAGGUUUUCUUCCCUAAAGAGCAUUAGUAAAUGAUUGGGUUUUUAGUACCAAUCUGAUACUUUCAGCAAUGGUAAUCAUUCAACUAAUCUUUUUAUUACAGAUAUACUUAAGUGUCCUUCAGUUCCCCAGUUGCCAUGAUGAAAUUUAUGCUGCUGUCUAGUUGCCCUACAAGAACUCUAUGCCAGUUGACCAUUAUUGGCAGAAAACUAGUAUCAGUUUUGUUCAGGAAUGGAUGCAAUUUUAAAUUAUAAUUGAAUCAUACAAACUCAAAACAUACUCUGUUCCUUCUGGCAUUGUAUCUAGGCCCAUUACCAGAUCGGGAAGUGAACCUUUUGUCUCUCCCAUCUGGCAUAUGGCAAUUACCUACAUUAAUGGCACUGUCUAACCCAUAGGCAUUACAUUUUAAGUUGAGAAUCACUGCCAUACAAAAAAAAAUUGAAAUAUGUUGACUCCUAGUUUGAAAUUUGUUAAUAAACCUAUUGCUGGAAUGGAUAGAUUGUCAUUCUGUUGUUUCUUGGCAAGCAUAUUACACAAUAAGGAGCAUAGUCCAUGUUUAAAGAAUUUUUGAAGGUUUUCACAAUUGGCAGUAUCCAGUUUUUGCUUUGGUUAUCAAAGAUGGUAAUGUUGGAGUGGCUAUUGUCAAAAAAUAUUUUUCUCAUUCAUUUGUUAAAGAUCUGGGCUUAUCCCUUGAAAACAUCAAAUCGUUAGGAUGCCAAGAAAACUGCAGGGAAAUUUGUGGUUUGUAUUAAUGCUAUAUUUGUUGAAACGUAUUGAAAGUGAGUUUGCACUAAAGCCCGGAAUUAGUAAGCAGUGCAACUGUCUAUAUUUCAAUUUCAAGAGAAGGGAUGUGGUAUUUAUAUUUUAUUUUAAACAAAUACUUUUAGAGCCCACAAAGCAUUUAUACACAUGGGAGAUAAUUUCCCUCCCCACGCCACAUCUUAUAAUAACAUAUGCUGAACUAAAUUUUGCACUAAACUGAUUAAUCUUUGAUCAGUUAAUGGUUUGGUUGAUAUUGGGUUUUCAAUUGGAGGUUUAAAGGAGAAAAGGAAUGCUGGAAGAUGGAAAUAGAAAUGCUUUGCUGAAAAUAUAUAGAUUGUCAAUCAACAUCUGAAAAUGGAAAACUAUGCUUAAAAGUUUCUCUUAUCAGAAACCUGGUAGAUGUUCGAUUUAGACCCAGAUUAAAAAGUGUUGACGGCUCACAUUGCACCAGUCGCACAACGUAAUACAAAUCUUUCAUCGUACAGCCCACGUUUGUUAGGUGAAAGAAUUUACCCUGAUCUUUGUGCUGUCAAAAUCAGCAUAUCUAUAUGAUGCAGCCAAUUCAUAAUGAAUGUUAAUUGCAAGUUUGUAUAAUUUGGUGUAAAAUGUCUAGUUUUACCAUUACUUACAAGUCUAGAAUGUUCUUUUAAACUAUUGACAAACACUUGUUUAUGUUCAUUUUGCAAGCCAGUAAAUUAUUUUACUUUUGUUGGCAUUUUAGCAUUCUUUCAAUAUGUGUGGUGAAAACACUUGAAGCUCAUCUUUGGACAUUGGUGCACUGCAGGCUGUUAAGUGUGGUUGACGUGUGUAUGUUUUAAAGAAAUAAUACUGUGUGGAAUUUACUUUGGCUGUUCAGACAUUAUGAAGUUUAUUUAUUGAUCUGUGCAUUGAGAUCUCAUCUGCUUACAGAGCUGUUCACGUCUUGAAUCUGCAUGAAACUGGCUUCAAUAAAGUGUCAGAAAUGUAUUUUGUCAAAUAUAAAUAAACAAAUUUUAAGUA